AUGAGAGGGCAAACCGUUAUCCCCAUCUUUUAUGACGUGGUUCCCUCUGCACUGCGAAAACAAAAACGGAAAUGUAAAGAAGCAUCGCUCAAACAUGAGUUGGAGAACAAGAAGAAAGUUGAAUCUUGGAGAAAAGCACUCAUGGAAGCAAGUAACAUUUCUGGAUGGGAAAUCAAGCACAUUGCCAAUGGGCAUGAGUCAAGGUGCAUCAAAGAAAUUGUUGACACAAUUUCACAUAGGUUGCAUCCAGUAACCUCAAGUGCUGAUAAGAACCUGAUUGGAAUAGCCGCUCACAUGCACAAAUUUAUAUCAUGCCUAAAAAUUGGGUUAGUUGGUGUGGUCAUGAUUGGAAUAUUGGGGGUUGGGGGUGGUGGUAAGACCACUCUUGCAUCCUCUGUUUAUGAUAUAAUCUCUAGCAAGUUUGAUGAUUUCUGCUUUGUAGAAAAUUUGCGGAAGGAAUCAAGUAAGUAUGGUUUGGUUAAUUUGCAAAAAAAAGUUCUUUCUAGUGUUUUGAAAGAAAAGCAAGUCCAUGUAGGGAGAGUUGAGGAAGGAAUAUGCGUGAUAAUGGGUAGGUCAUGCUACAGAUACAGAACCGUCUUAAUCGUUCUUGAUGAUGUCAAUCAUCUUGACCAACUAAAUCUGUUAGCUGGAUCACAAGAUUGGUUCGGUGAAGGAAGCCGAAUAAUCACAUCUAGAGAUGAACAUUCUUUUAUUGAACACAGAGUAGAUGUGAUACACAAAAUUGUUUUAAUAGAUGAGGUUCUUCAGCUUUUUCGCAUGCAUGGACUUAAGCCCAUUGAGAAAAGGUUGCUCGUUAGAGAUGAAAGGGCAAUGGUGUUGGUUGCAGUUUGGAUUUUUCACCGUGUUAGAAGCAUAAAUAUGUGGACACAAAAGGUUAUCAUAAUUAUUUGGGAUGGAAAGUUUGAUAUUCAUGAUUUGACAAAUUUCAUGGGACGCUAUACUGUUAGAGGGAAACAUGGUAACAAUCAUGAAAAAUGUUGUAGCAUUUGGAAGAAGGAAAGCGUUGUGAACAUAUGUGCUACAGAUGCAAAGGUUUGUGCAGACAUGAAAAACCGUGGGAGGAUUGAUUUUAAAUUUAAACAAAGACUUGAUGUUACAGGUCCAUUGCCCGAAUAUUUUCCAAUAUGGGAACUUUCUUGUUUUACAAUGAUCAGCCUUGUGCAAAAACAACUUUCGGAGGGUUAUAAGAAGAGAGGGAAGAAUGACAGGGUAGAGAGGGAUAUUUUGGAGAGGUUAGAAAAGGGAAAGAACAAGGUAAAGAGAGAUGCCUUGGAUAGGAUGGAAGUGGUGCAGAGGGAGACAGUGACAUUGGAAGAUAGGAUUGUAAACAGGAUGGAAAGGGUUUUUCAUGAGAGGAUGGAUAGGUUGGAGGAUAAAAUGAUGGAGAGAAUGAAUAGCUUGGAGAAAAGAAUUGUGGAGAUCGAAUUAGGGAGCGUUGUGGAACAAGAUGAGAGGCUGACAAAUAAACUGAAGAUGGAAGUAGGGGUUGUGGAGAGGAUGGAGACUUAA